AUGGAAGCGGAUCUAUCAUCCGAUGAAAAUGGCUAUGAUAGCCUGGACGACACUCAGUUCGAGGAUGACCAUGGUGAAAGAGCAUCUGAAUCUGUUCAUCCGGAUUCAGCUCCUCGAUAUUUGAUACCUGAGCGUGUUAUUGGUGCUGUUGAGUUUCCUGCCGUUGUAGAAAACCCCGAUCGUGCUGUCAAGGCGUCUUGGAUACAGGAAGGAAUUCGAUUCCGCUAUAUCUGUCAUGAUGUGGUUCUCAAGAUCACAGUCCCGAAAAGAACGGGAAGGAAAAGAAAAAGAGGAACUGAUGGACCGUGGGAAGGAGAUGUUGAAAUCACUGAUGCCCAGGAUCAGUUGCCAGCAAACGACAAAGUCUCGUCUUACGCUCGACUAGAUGACCCCAAGGUGCUACGUCGAAAAAUGGAAGACAACGUCGGCAACUAUCACGUCGAAGCAGUGGGCGUAAUUCGCAGUACUCAUCGCUUCCGCGGACUUCACGACUUUUACUGGGACAUGUCCAAGUCCGACUUUGCACAGCGAUACGUUGAUCAAGUCCUUCCUGGAGAUGUCGACAAGAUGAAGGAGUUCAAGUUUCAACCUGGCGUCGACAAAGGCCCCAAUGUUGAUAUCAUCCCACCACCCAUGUUCACACACAUGUCCCUCCCUUUCAACUAUCAAUACUCACAAAAUCCGUAUGUCCGCGCCACCGAAGACGGUGGCACAAUAAACACCACCGCUGUUAAGCAGGUUGGAUACUUCAUUGGCGCAGAAGACCCUGCGCCAACUGAGCCUCAACUUCAACCUGACAUGACCGAUCCACGCAUGGUGGAAAUCAUAGCUGAACUCGAAGAUGCAUUUAAAGAACGGCCCAUUUGGACACGGCGGUCACUGCUCAAUUACCUUGGGGGCAAGCUUAAGAACUGGAACGAACUCAAGAAAUAUCUGAACUACGCCGCUUACCAGUUCAAAGGAGGUCCGUGGAGAGAUGGGGUGGUUCAAUAUGGCAUUGACCCACGAACGGAUCCUAAAUAUCGAAUCUACCAGACCCUCAUGUUCAAGCUUCCAAAGCAGAAGCGUGCCCAGCGGGGUCAAACGUGGAAAUCGCUACGCAAGGUCCAGAUGGGACCCUUGAAAGAAUUCCUAGAAGAGCUUUCCGAGAGCCACGUCUUUGACGGCGACACUUUCCAUACUGACGGAAAAGUCUGGCAAGUCUGCGAUAUCACCGAUUCUCUUCUCAAAGAGCUUUUCGAAAACGCUGCUGUACGCCCUAAGUGGGAUCCCAGCAGUGGGUGGUACCAUGGAGGACUCUGGGCUAAAGCCAAGGCGAUUAUGAAGACGAAACUCGUGGCCAUCCAAUUCGACCGACACCUCACCAGGGAAGAAUUCGCAAUAACGCUAGAAGCAGGUGACCAGACACCAGUCCGGUCAAACCAAGCAACAUUUCACCUGCCACUUCCAAACCUACGGCUUACAGAUGAAGAGCUGACGCAGCUCCGGGGACGACAACCAACUAAAAAGAACAAGCACAAAGGUUACAGCGUGCGAGUAAGAGAUCCCAAUGCAGGCCCCAAAAAGGCACCGGCUGAGGAAACAGUCUCUUUCGCUGCAGAUUUGCAAGAGGAAGAGGCCCGUUUGCUGGAGGAGAUGGGAUCUGGAAACGAGGAUUCUGACGAAGACGAGUCCGGUGACGAUGACGAUGGAGAAGGAGAUGGGGAUGGGGAUGGGGAUUUACCAGACGAACUGGAUUACGAUAUUGAUCCAGAGAUGUAUGGAUGA